CUGUGCUCCGCUUCCAGCGAGGACAGUCUCCUCCUGCUGCUCCGACCGCCUCAGCCCUCAUCUUCCUCCUCAGUCCUACCACCCCCUCCAGCUCCUCAAAAGCACCCCCGACCCCCUAGCCCUUCACGCCCCACCCGCGGGAACCAGGCCUUGGAAAUUCGGGGGAGUGGCUGGCUGUAGGGGCGCGUCGCGGCUCCCAGCUCCGCCUGCCCCUCUUCCAGGACAUGGUCUGGUCCCCAUUGUAAAAGCUGCGCCCCGAAGAGGAGAGCGUUGUGUUCUCGGCGUGGGCUGCAGGGAUAUCUCCGGGCUGAAGCGCUUGCAUUAUUUUAGGGUGGGGCGGGAGAGCCCUGGAUUUCGGGGAGUGGGGGUGGGCGGGGAGGAGGACCCGAGGAGGGAAAGGACUCUGGGGGAGUCGGUGAGGGACUAUGGGGAAGGACCAGGAGCUGCUGGAAGCUGCUCGCACUGGAAAUGUGGCUCUGGUGGAGAAACUCCUGUCUGGCAGGAAAGGAGGGAUCCUGGGCGGUGGAUCCGGACCCCUGCCCCUGUCUAAUCUGCUAAGCAUCUGGAGAGGCCCCAAUGUGAACUGCACUGACAGUUCCGGUUACACUGCUUUACACCAUGCAGCCUUAAAUGGACAUAAGGAAAUAGUUCUCAAACUACUUCAGUAUGAGGCAUCAACAAAUGUGGCAGACAACAAAGGUUAUUUUCCUAUUCAUCUGGCUGCCUGGAAAGGAGAUGUGGAAAUUGUGAAGAUUCUUAUUCAUCAUGGACCAUCACAUUCCAGAGUCAAUGAACAGAACAAUGAAAAUGAAACUGCCCUACACUGUGCAGCUCAGUAUGGACACUCAGAAGUAGUUGCUGUCCUCCUAGAAGAGCUCACUGACCCUACGAUUAGGAACAGCAAGCUUGAAACACCACUGGACCUGGCAGCACUCUAUGGACGACUUAGAGUAGUCAAAAUGAUCAUCAGUGCACAUCCUAAUUUAAUGAGCUGCAACACUCGAAAGCAUACACCGCUUCAUCUUGCUGCUCGCAACGGUCACAAAGCAGUUGUACAGGUGCUGUUGGAGGCAGGAAUGGAUGUGAGCUGUCAAACAGAAAAGGGGAGUGCCCUUCAUGAAGCAGCUUUGUUUGGAAAGGUGGAUGUUGUGCGAAUUCUGUUAGAAACAGGAAUUGAUGCCAACAUAAAGGAUAGUUUAGGAAGAACUGUCUUAGAUAUUCUGAAAGAACAUCCAUCUCAGAAAUCUCUCCAGAUUGCAACACUCUUACAAGAAUAUUUAGAAGGCGUGGGAAGAGCAACAGCCCUUGAAGAGCAUGUACAGGAAGAUACAACACAAGAAACCCACAUUUCAUCUCCUGUUGAAUCUCCUUCCCAAAAGACCAAAAGUGAAACUGUGACUGGAGAACUAUCAAAACUCUUGGAUGAAAUAAAGCUCUGUCAAGAAAAGGAUUAUUCUUUUGAAGAUUUGUGCCAUACAAUAUCAGAUCACUACUUAGAUAACUUGAGCAAGAUUUCAGAGGAAGAACUUGGGAAAAAUGGAAGCCAGAGUGUAAGAACUUCAUCUACAAUAAAUUUGUCACCAGGAGAGGUGGAAGAAGAUGACGAUGAUGAGAACACAUGUGGGCCUUCAGGAAUUUGGGAAGCACUGACUCCUUGUAAUGGAUGUAGGAACCUUGGCUUCCCCAUGCUUGCACAGGAGUCCUAUCCAAAGAAGAGGAAUUAUACUAUGGAAAUUGUACCAUCUGCUUCUCUGGAUACUUUUCCUUCAGAAAAUGAGAACUUUCUAUGUGAUCUCAUGGACACAGCUGUUACAAAGAAACCGUGUUCCUUAGAAAUUGCAAGGGCACCUUCCCCAAGAACUGAUAAUGCCUCUGAAGUAGCAAUUACUGCUCCAGGAACUAGUAACCAUAGAAACAGCUCAACAGGCCCAACACCUGACUGCUCACCUCCAUCCCCUGACACUGCCCUCAAAAAUAUUGUAAAAGUUAUUCGACCCCAGCCUAAACAACGAACAUCUAUUGUGUCUUCUCUGGAUUUUCAUCGAAUGAACCACAACCAAGAAUAUUUUGAAAUCAGCACAUCAACAGGGUGUACAGGCUUUACUACCAGCCCUCCUGUUAGCCCACCCACCUCUUCUGUGGGAACUACAGAAGCCAAGAAUGAGGAAACUGACCAUACAGAUGACCUCUCUCAACAGGAAGACAAUGAUCCCCCUAAAGAAUAUGAUCCUGGGCAAUUUGCAGGCCUUCUCCAUGGAUCUUCUCCAGCCUGUGAAUCCCCUGAAAAUCCAUUUCAUCUCUAUGGGAAAAGAGGUCAAUGUGAAGAAAGACAAGAUGAAGUCAGUUUGGCAAACAGUCCUUUGCCUUUCAAGCAGACUCCAAUAGAAAAUAACUCACAACCUGUGGUAAAGAAAAUUAAACCCAAAGUGGUCAGUAGAACAAUUUUUCACAAAAAAAGCAACCAACUCGAGAACCAUACCAUUGUCGGCACAAGAACAACCAGGAGUGGAUCCCGGAGUGGAGACCAGUGGGUUGUGAAUACGGGGGGAUUUGUGGAAAGAGCUUGUACUCUGGGGAGAAUAAGGUCAUUGCCUAGAGCCCUGAUCGACAUGCAUUUAUCCAAAACUGUCUCUAAAUCUGAUUCUGAUCUCAUCGCCCACCCUUCAAAGGAGAAAGUAUCCAGAGUUAACUGGAGUGAAGCUUCAACUGCUGAACACAGUUCUAAAGGGAAUUCUGAAAGAACACCGUCUUUCACAUCUGAAUGGGAAGAAAUUGACAAAAUAAUGAAUUCCAUAGAUGUUGGAAUCAACAGUGAACUUGAAGAGAUGAAUGGUGAAACCACAAGACCCAGAUGCCCUGUCCAAACAGUGGGACAAUGGUUGGAAAGCAUUGGGCUACCUCAGUACGAGAACCACCUGAUGGCUAAUGGAUUUGACAAUGUGCAGUUUAUGGGAAGCAAUGUUAUGGAAGAUCAAGAUUUGUUGGAAAUUGGUAUCCUUAAUUCUGGGCACAGACAAAGAAUUCUACAGGCAAUCCAGCUCCUUCCAAAGAUGAGACCCAUUGGUCAUGAUGGUUACCAUCCCACCUCUGUAGCCGAGUGGCUGGAUUCCAUUGAACUGGGUGACUACACCAAAGCCUUUCUAAUUAAUGGCUACACAUCGAUGGACCUUUUGAAAAAAAUCUGGGAAGUUGAACUUAUUAACGUUUUAAAAAUCAAUUUGAUUGGCCACAGGAAACGCAUUUUGGCAUCUCUGGGAGACAGGCUGCACGAGGAUCCUCCACAGAAGCCCCCUCGGUCCAUCACCCUCAGGGAACCCAGUGGUAAUCACACUCCUCCUCAGUUGUCUCCAUCACUUAGCCAAAGCACUUACACCACUGGUGGCUCCCUAGACGUUCCUCACAUUAUCAUGCAGGGCGAUGCAAGGAGGAGAAGAAAUGAAAACUACUUUGAUGAUAUUCCCCGAUCAAAACUGGAGAGGCAGAUGGCCCAGCAGUCGUCUGUCUGUGAGAUAUGGACGAAUCAGAACGCUGGAUUUCCUUUCUCAGCGAUCCAUCAGGUCCAUAAUACAGGAGACUGGGGAGAGCCUUCUAUCACCUUGAGACCUCCAAAUGAAGCCACGGCCUCCACUCCAGUACAGUACUGGCAGCAUCACCCAGAAAAGCUCAUCUUCCAAUCGUGUGACUACAAAGCUUUUUAUUUAGGUUCUAUGCUGAUAAAAGAGCUCAGGGGGACAGAAUCAACCCAAGAUGCUUGUGCAAAAAUGCGGGCUAACUGUCAGAAGUCUACAGAGCAAAUGAAGAAGGUCCCUACUAUUAUUCUCUCAGUCUCAUAUAAAGGAGUCAAAUUUAUUGAUGCAACAAAUAAGAACAUAAUUGCCGAGCAUGAAAUUCGUAAUAUCUCCUGUGCUGCCCAGGACCCAGAAGACCUCUCAACCUUUGCUUAUAUCACAAAAGAUUUGAAGUCCAAUCACCACUACUGUCACGUGUUUACGGCCUUCGAUGUGAAUUUAGCCUACGAAAUCAUCUUAACACUUGGACAGGCAUUUGAAGUCGCUUACCAACUAGCACUGCAAGCAAGAAAAGGGGGCCAUUCCUCCACGCUUCCAGAAAGCUUUGAAAACAAACCCUCCAAGCCCAUCCCCAAGCCCCGCGUUAGCAUUCGCAAGUCAGUGCAGAUCGACCCGUCUGAGCAAAAGACUCUGGCCAAUCUGCCGUGGAUUGUGGAGCCGGGGCAGGAAGCCAAGAGGGGCAUUAAUACCAAGUAUGAAACCACGAUUUUCUGAUACCCGCCGCCCUCGCGUCCUCGCGGUGCCUUGCUCGCCCGCAGCCCGGAGCAGGCUUUCCUUCGCACCCCGUUCCCAGCCCGGGAGGAAGACUGCUCCGCUCGCGUGGCCUUGUCCCGGGCGGAAGGCCGCCGGCCGUUCCUGGGGAGUCCUUUCUGCACCAGUGACGGAAAACGCCACCCAGACUCCCCGGCGCAGCCCCUGAGAGGCGCGAGUCGAGGUGGGUGUCCCGGGGCCCGCCGCCUCGAGCGUUUCCAGUGACUCGCCCCAGCACCGGGUUGGCUUUGGUUGGGGUUGACACCUUUUUUAAAAAAAGUAAAGGGGAUCUCUAAUACUGCCUAGAAGUAUAGCAAUCCUGGGUUUAGAUUUCACUGUCCGCAGUUUUAAAGGUAAAAUCAGAACAGAACCCCCCUGUAUCGCAUCUGUAAAAUCAUCACAUCACUGAGGAUCGUUUAAUGCAAAAGGACAAAAAAAAAAGUGAUUGCCAGGAAAUUCUGUUACUCAGUUUCUAUAUUUGUGGAUUUUUUAUGUAAUCAACUAUGUCAGAUAAUGAAAACCUUUAAAUCUAAUGAUUGAUUCAAAGUUUAACAAUGAUUUAAAACAGAGAAAUUUAUUAUGCACAGAAAAAUGUGUCUUGUAUUAAAUAUUUUUAUUAAAAGAAUGUUUCAUUAAUGCAUUGAUAAGAAAACUAGGUUAGUUGUGCGGGAUGUUUCUGGUUUCAUUUCAAGUAACUAAAUUUCUACUACCAUGAGGACUGGCUCAUUAUGGAGAAAUCCUGAUGCUGUCCACCGAGUAGGAGAUGCUGCGGGCAGACUGGCAUUGACCAGAAGUGCUGAACAGCACGUGCCUGCAAAGAUUGUUUUUGUUUUUUAAUCUUCACAGUGUUUUAAAGAACAUGUUUAAAAUGAUAAUAAUAAUCUAGGGCUCCUGCUGUCAAGAUUUCUGUCCUGGAAAACUUGUUUGAGAAAGGUGUUAAUAAAAUUCUAUUGCAAAAAUUUUUUUCUAGAAAAUAUAAAUACAUUAAAAAAAGAAAUUCCAAAGUAAUACAACUUUUCUUGAAACAGACAAAAAAAAUAAUGUUUGCUUACUAUUUGAUUAAAUAAAAUUUACUUACAUUUCUUUAAGGUAUUUUAAUUUUUUUAAUGUCUCUGUGGAGUAUUUGUAUGAUACCAUAAUGUAUAUUUAUGUAGAAUCAAAUUAUAUAAACAGUACCAAUAUCAUUAUAGAAAAAUAACAUUUUAAUGUAUAUUGUUCUAACAGAUCACAUUGUGAAUCAUUUUGAAGUUCAUUAUAGAGAUAUUGAUAAAUUGUGGAAUUGUCUUAAUGUUUUUUUAAUUAACCAAUAUUAUUUUAAACCUGAAAUUAUCAGUUACAUUCAUCAGUUGGUGAGUUUUGAAAAAAGAAUAACUAAAUUUUAUUUCAAACUGACAAAUGUAUAUGGUUUUAGUUCAGUGUUAAAAGAAUUUUAAUACAAUAUUAAAUUACUUGAACUGAACAGUUCCUUGUAUAUAUUUUGCCUAUUCACUGUUGAUAUGUACGUAGAAAAUUGAGAGUAAAAUAACACUAAAAUAUGGUACCAAAAGGAAAUUGUAUAGGAGCAAAGUAAACAAUAGCUUUGCUGAAACAGAAGCAUAUGAAGCGUAUGUGUAAAUAAGUUUGGGCUUCCAGUUAUAAAUUUUGUAAUUUUUGUCAUUAUUUAUAUCCUAUUAAAAAAAAAAAGAAAAGCACACAAAAUAAAACAGAAGUUGUACAGC